AUGCCAGCUGUCCAGCUGCUGCUCCUGGCCUGUUUGGCAUGGGGUUUGGGGGCCAGGAUAGCCCAGCUCCAGAAGACCAAUGACCAGAGUGGCCGAUGCCAGUACACCUUCAGCGUGGCCAGUCCCCAUGAGUCCAGCUGCUUUGAGCAAGGCCUGGCCAUGUCGGCCAUCCAGGACCUCCAGAGAGACAGGGAACUGGAGACAGUCUAUAGCAACCUCCUCCGUGACAAGUCUGCUCUGGAGGAAGAGAAGAGACAACUGGGACAGGAGAAUGAGGACCUGGCCAGGAGGCUGGAAAGCAGCAGCCAAGAGGUGGCAAGGCUGAGAAGGAGCCAGUGUCCCAAGACCCUAGACACCUCUCAGGACCCACCACAAGACUCCAGAGAUGUUUCUAAAUGGAAUUUGGAGAAUUUGAACUUCCAGGAACUGAAGUCAGAAUUAACUGAGGUUCCUGCUUCCCGAAUCCUGAAGAAGAGUCAAUCCAGCCACCCCAGGAUGGAAGAGGGAGACACUGGAUGUGGCGAGUUGAUUUGGGUAGGAGAACCUGUCACUCUGAGAACAGCAGAAACAAUCAUUGGCAAGUAUGGUGUGUGGAUGAGAGACCCAAAGCCCAUCUACCCUUAUACCCAGGAGACAACAUGGAGAGUCGACACAGUCGGCACAGAUAUCCGCCAAGUGUUUGAAUAUGACCGCAUCAGUCAAUUCACUCAGGGCUACCCUUCCAAGGUGCAUGUGCUGCCCACUUCUCUGGAAAGCACAGGCGCUGUGGUGUAUGGGGGUAGCCUCUAUUUUCAGGGGUCUGGAUCCAGGACUGUGAUCAGGUAUGAGCUGAACACUGAGACGGUGAAGGCCACGAAGGACAUUCCUGGUGCUGGCUACCAUGGACAGUUCCCAUAUUCUUGGGGCGGCUACACAGACAUUGACUUAGCUGUGGAUGAGACAGGACUCUGGGUCAUCUACAGCACUGAGGCUGCCAAAGGGGCCAUUGUCCUUUCCAAACUGAACCCAGAGAAUCUGGAACUUGAGCAAAGCUGGGAGACUAACAUUCGGAAGCAGUCAGUGGCCAACGCCUUCAUCAUCUGUGGCACCUUGUACACCAUCAGCAGCUAUUCAUCAGCUAAUGCUACCGUCAACUUUGCCUACAAUACAGGCACAGGCAACAGCAAGGCCCUGACCAUCCCGUUCAAGAACCACUACAAGUACAGCAGCAUGAUUGAUUACAACCCCUUGGAGAAGAAACUAUUUGCCUGGGACAACUUCAACAUGGUCACCUAUGACAUCAGGCUCUCCAACAUGUACUAG